AACAAAAUAACAUAAAAAAUCUCACGAUGACCCGGUUUUGGACCCGCUUAGCUCAACCAUUUCGUAAAGAGAAAAAGAACAAAAAAAAGUUACCAAUCAUCGUGUUUGAUGAAUAUUCCAAAUCACCCAGCUCUUUGAAAGAGUCCAAUUUGUACAGUCGUCACCUAGUUCGCAUCGAUCUACUUGAAAAAGCUUAUACCCAUUUGUUGAUUAAUCAACAAAACAAAUCCUACUGGAAACUGAUGGAUCCAUUUAUCCAAAUUUGGUAUACUGAAUUGGACCGAGUAUGCCAACAAAGCCAAAUUGCCUUGGCAGAUCUAAAGCGUCAGUUGGACGAUCUUUCGACUAUUCUAUGUGCUGUUUCAUCACCAUUGAAAAAUAGAGACCGUGAAUCCCUAAGAAAAGCACAGCAAUUUAUCAACACCUGCUUGAACGAAUGGGAUCUACAUCCAAGUCGUACUACUUCAACGAUAAAUAACUAUACCUCGAAAUCAAUGAUUGUAGGCUCUUGUUUUUCGGAUAAUACCUUGUUUUCAGAAACAACUCUACUUCAUGAAAACAAUUCUGAAAUACGAGACUCUCGGUUUAAAAUAUACUGUCAAGGCCUUGAUAGUCGCUUUCAAAAAGAGAUCGAGUCCAAUAAAAGCAAUCCAAGGCUGAGACAAUGCAUACGCCAAGUAUAUAGUUUGGAGCAAGAUCUUUAUUUAUACCACCAUUAUAUCACCAGUCAGUUUAGUAUACUUUUGGAUCUCGGCAGUAUAUCGUUAGGUUCGCUACCUGAAGUAGAGGAGCCAAGUCUCUACCAGGUGAUGAAGAUGAGAUGGGAUCAGCGUUACAAUAUGCAGUUACAGCCUUACCAAUUACUUGAAACAAAGUUUAAAUCGAUUUUAAAGUCAAGCACACCAGAUAUAGAAGAUUUCACUUGCGCAGUGUGUCUUUCUAUUUUGCAUGAACCAACAACGCUAGAGACGUGUCAUCAUACGUUUUGCAGAUCUUGUGUUCAACAUCUUUAUUGUGGUCAUUGUCAUCGUCACAGAGCAAAGACAAUGAACCGUAUUUCAGAAAAUUUGUUAUUAUUACUUAAGCCUACACCAGCUGUAUAUUGUACGUGCCAGACAAUUGAUUCAAUUACAGGCGAAUUGAGCCUAAAAAACCAGCAUGAAAGUGCUUGUCCAUUGUGCAGAACCGCGUUCAAACCAGGGCAAUGCAAUAUUGACGUGGAGCUAGAGAAAUUCAUCUCGCUUUACUUUCCCAAACGAAAACACGACAACGACGACCAGUUAUAUGAUGAAGAAGAAAAGAAGAAGAAAAAAGACAGAAGGAAAAAAAAAUCUGCAGAAAGGGGCGCAAGUACAAGUGAUGACAUUAACAGGAGAAGAAGUCAAAUAAGUGCAGGGAAGUUUUACACGAAAAUGCAAAGAUGGUCCAAUAGAUGGGCUCAGAAUGAUGCAAUAAGCUCGUCUGAUGCUGAAGAAGACGAGAUACCCCCUGUGCCCUUGCCUCCUUCUGUGCCUUUGGAAAAUGAUAUGUUUUUGCUUGCUAGACGGUCAUGGAUGUUUUAAACGAUAUUUAAAUUUAAAUGUCAAUAGUAAUUAAAUAAAAGUACAUAAUUUAAGC